ACAUGAUUUCAGCAGCCUUAAGAGCAUCUGCCAAACGGUCCACUUCACGUAUAGCAAGAACUAAUAUAGUUUCCACUCAAUAUGUUCGACAUUAUACGUCGACUCAACCAUCUGGUCAUACUUCAAAUGCUACUCCUUGGGCUAUUGGUUCUCUCUUAGUUUUUGGUCCUCUUAUUUUCAAAUUGACUUCCCCUCCUCCUAAAAAACGACAACAACAACAACAUCAUGAAGAACCACCUGUUGUUCAAACCACCAUUACUGUGACUGAACCUACUCCUUCUCCCCCUGCUCCUGUUCCCAAGAAAAUUCAAAAACCUUAUGUCUUGAUUGGUGCUGGUACCGCGUCUUUUGCUGCUGCUCAUUCAAUCAAGGAAGUGGAUCCUGAAGCUAAUGUGAUUAUUAUUGGUGAUGAAGCUUAUAGUCCUUAUAUGCGUCCUCCAUUGUCCAAGGAAAUUUGGUUCUCUGAAGAUCCUGAAGUGACUAAACAUUUACGAUUUAAGGAUUGGGAAGGAAAUGAACGUAGUAUUUACUAUCAAGAUGAUUCACUUUAUGAAAUCCUUGAAGAUGCUUCUGGUUCUGAUUUAUCCACUGAAAAGAUCAAGUUAUUAUUGAACAAACCUGUGACCAAAUUAAAUGUGGAAGAUCAUACUGUGACACUUGCUGACGGAAGUAUCAUCUACUACAACAAGGUACUUUUGGCUACUGGAGGUGCUCCUAAACAACUCCCUAAACAACCAGAAUCACCUAAUAUUACGACUUUCCGUACCAUUGAUGAUCUUAAACAAUUAGAUGCCAUUGUCAAACCUGGUACUCAUAUUGCUGUUGUGGGUGGUGGUUUCUUGGGAUCUGAAUUGGCUGUCGCUUUGGCCAAAAAAGCUAGCAAGCAAAAAGAUAUCCAAAUCACUCAAGUCUUCCCUGAAGAGGGUAAUAUGGCUAAUGUAUUCCCUUCUUAUUUGACUAAAUGGACCACUAGUCGUGUACGAAAAACGGGUGUGGAUGUCAAGAACAACAGUGUGAUCGAUUCAUUACAAGUAUCAGAUGACAAUAAGAAGAUCAAAAUGAUUUUAGAUGCAGGUAUGGAUUCUCUGGAUGUAGAUCAUGUGGUGGUAGCUGUUGGUAUUGAACCUCGUGUAGACUUGGCACGCGAAGCUGGAUUGGAAAUUGAUGAACAACGUGCUGGAGUGAUGGUCAAUGCAGAAUUGGAAGCUCGAAAGGAUGUGUAUGUAGCCGGUGAUAUGGUUUCAUUCCAUGAUAUUCAACUGGGCCGUCGUCGUAUUGAGCAUCAUGAUCAUGCUGUGCUCAGUGGUCGUCAUGCUGGUCAAAACAUGGUUGGACAAAAAUCAAAACCUUACCGACAUCAAUCCAUGUUCUGGUCUGAUCUUGGUCCUGAAGUAGGUUAUGAAGCCGUAGGUUUGGUUGAUUCUCAAUUGUCUACCGUCAGUGUCUGGGCCAAAUCCACUACUAAAGAAGAAAAUAAAAAGGAAGAGGAUGAAGUGACAAAGCCUUCAAAACCCAAUCCUUUCCAAGGUGAAAAGUUUGAAAAAGGUCUUGUAUUCUAUGUUCGCGACCGUAAGAUUGUAGGUUUACUUCUUUUCAACGUGUUUGGCAAAGUCCAAGAAGCUCGCGAUAUUAUUGAUGCUGGUUUGACCUCGGAUAAGAUUGAUCAUCUUCUCAAAAAAUUCGAUCUUUACUCUGAUGAUGCCCACUAGAUAGUGUCCUUGUCCUUCUUGUCCCCAACUCUUUUUUAUCUUUAUUAUUUUUACAUUGUCCCUUCUAGAUUAGAUAGUUUUUGUCUUUAUAUAUUAUGUAUGUGUCAUUGAAUAAUAUUAAUAAAAAAAUUCAUAUGAUUCUUAUGAUGAUGAUGGAAUUCAAUAGAUCAG